GACUUAACUGGUUUGGAAUCAAUGGACCAAUGUCGUCGAACAUUAGAGCAACAUAAUUGGAACAUAGAGGCUGCAGUGCAGGAUAGACUUAAUGAACAGGAGGGCGUUCCCAGUGUGUUUAACCCCCCACCAUCCAGACCACUUCAAGUCAAUACAGCAGACCAUAGAGUAUAUAGUUACAUUGUGUCAAGGCCACAACCCAGGGGAUUACUAGGAUGGGGAUACUACUUGAUAAUGCUGCCAUUCAGAUUUACAUAUUACACACUUCUGGACAUAUUCAGGUUUGCCCUGCGCUUCAUUAGGCCAGACCCUCGUGGUCGCGUGACAGACCCCGUCGGAGACGUUGUGACUUUCAUCCGUAGCUUUGAGGAAAAGUACGGUCAGUCCCACCCUGUGUUUUAUCAGGGAACAUACAGCCAGGCACUGAAUGAUGCCAAACGGGAGCUCCGCUACCUAUUAGUGUACCUACACGGAGAUGAUCAUCAAGAUACAGACGAGUUUUGCCGCUCCACGCUAUGUACAGAAGAGGUCAUAACCUUCCUCAACACACGAACGCUCUUCUGGGCAUGUUCAACCAGCAAACCUGAGGGCUACAGAGUGUCCCAGGCGCUGCGGGAGAACACCUACCCGUUCCUGGCCAUGAUCGUGCUGAAGGACCGCAAGAUGACGGUGGUGGGCAGGCUGGAGGGUCUCAUUCAGCCGGAGGAGCUCAUCAAUCAGCUCAACUUCAUCAUGGAGGCCAACCAAACAUAUCUGAUGUCAGAGCGCCUAGAACGAGAGGAGAGGAACCAGACUCAGGUGCUGAGGCAGCAGCAGGACGAGGCCUAUCUGGCUUCCCUCCGUGCCGACCAGGAGAAGGAGAGAAAGAAAAAGGAGGAGCAGGAGCAGCGGAGGCAAGAGGAGGAGAAGGUCCGACAAAGUGCUCUGGCAGAGGAGCGGAGACGAAGAACCCUAGAGGAGGAGAAGGAGAGGAAGUCCGAAUGUCUUCCUCCAGAACCACCCGUCGAUGACCCAGAAAGUGUCAAAAUAGUGUUUAAGCUGCCCAACGACACACGAGUAGAAAGACGGUUCCUGUUUGGUCAGUCUCUGACGGUAAUACAYGACUUCCUUUUCUCUUUGAAAGAAACUCCAGAGAAGUUUCAGAUAGUUACAAACUUCCCUCGCCGAGUCUUGCCCUGUCUCCCGACUGAAGAGCAGCCUAACCCCCCCACCCUGAAAGAGGCAGGACUCAGUCGCUCCGAGGUCCUUUUUGUUCAGGACCUUACGGACGAUUAAUGGAUGGCAUAUCUCUUCCACACAGCAGCUCAUUUUCCUCCCGACACUCACUCACGUUGUUUAUUUAAUUUUUAUUUUUUGGUCAUUUUUUGUUCAAAGGCCAUUAUGCAUAAGGGAUCAUUGCGAUUGAAAAAACAAAACAAAAAACCCCUAACCUGGAAAAUUUAACCACCCUGCAUCCAGUGCUCUUUAGUUGUUUUCAGGGUUCCCAAUAGCCUGGAAAGUCUGGGAUUUUAAUUGAAUAAAAAUUUCUUGAAGUCCUUUCUUUAACUCAUUUUGUGAAAGAAAAAGAAAACUUUUUCAUUGUCUGUGUUAUCUAACAGGUUAUUUCCCUCCUUCCUCCACAAUAGCUAAACAAUGGAUUAAUAGCUGGCGAGAUGUACUAAAGCAGUAGCACAACCUUCAUAUCUCAAACUGUCCAGACGACUGAAGUAGACACAGCAUGAUGAACAGAUUUUUUUAUGAUGGUGUUAAAUACCUUUGCUUUGUUUCUGUUAUUUGAUCCAUUUAAGACCCCUUAAAGUUUACAUUUCCUCCACUGAGUUUCAACUAAAGUGGUCCAAGGUGUGUUCGAUGCAGCUGCCAUCAGCGCCAAGAGAAAACUGAGACUUUAGAGGACGAGGAUCUGGACACAAAUUACAGGAACCCUGUUUUAAAUGAGCCAUCACCUGUACAUAAGUUAAAUAUUUAAAAUCCCCGUAUUGUUUUGACUCACAUCGAAAUGACCAAAUGCAGGUUUGUUACUAUGUCAAGCAGACUGCCUGGAGCUCAUGAARUUUAAAAUUACGAAGGAAAAAAAGAGGCCACAGCUUUUCCAUGUGGCUUUAUCUAGUGUAGUACGAGUCUGCCCAUAGUGUGCCUGUGGUUACUCAUAGAUGCCUGUUUUGCCUGUAACAUCUGAAUGGGCUCAUGUAAAGAUGUAAUUUUCCAACUAUAAAUUAAAAACGUUUUAAAAA